GGUCGCGCGCGGCACUCGCAGCACGGAUGCCAGCGCUGCCGGCAACCACGGAACACGGAGGCGAGACGUCGGGAGCCGCAUGUGCGGAGGCGCGGCCUGUGGCCUCCUCAAGCUCUGGGUGGUGGCGGAGAAGCUGCUCAAGAAGGGCGUGCGGCGCGUCGGCCGCCGGGACCGCCACACACGCGAUGGCCGCCAGAGGACGUGGCGGCGCCGGCCCAUCCUGGUGGGCGGCGGAGCACCUGCUGCUGGUGCUCGCCUGCCUGGGGCUGGCCUGCGUCUGCCCUACCACAGGCUCUCCCUUGCCUGGUAGCAACCCUCCGCCUUAUCUGAAGAUAUGUCACCGCAGUGAUCCAGUCUUGAAUACAUGCAUCAAGGACUCCAUAAACACCCUCAUACGGAAUAUAAAAACAGGCUCGCCGUCGCUGGGGGUGCCGGAGACAGACCCUCUACACGUGGACUUCGUAGAGGUGGACGAGGGCAGCGGCAACGUGUCUCUGCGUAUGUCGCUCUCCGACAUCAACAUCGCAGGGCUCAGCGACACCAACGUCGUCUCCGUCAAGGCGAAUCUGCUGGACAGCAAGUUCGAGGUGAUCAGCAAGACACCGAGCUUCACCGUUCACGGUGCCUUCGAAGGACGUGGAGCCCUUCUCACUUUUCCGCUAGUCGCCAAUGGCCUCUUCUGGAUCAACAUGACUGACGUGACGGCCGUGUGGAUCCUGUUCUACCACACAGAAACGCGGCAGGACGGCAAGAGCUACAUUGCCUUGGAUGAGUUUGGGCUGGACGUCAUCCCUUCGGAUGUGAGCUACAAAUUCGGUGAGCAGCUUGACGGUGACAAUGAACUAGGUACCGCCAUGAACAUGUUCCUGAACGAAAACUCGCACGAGAUCUUCAACCAGCUGAAGCCUCGCACGACGCGCAUCUUCAGUCAACUGUUCCGAGACGUGGCCAACCAGAUUCUCGGCAGCUUCCCGGAAGACGUGCUGCUACCAGAGUAGGGGUCACCGGGACACUCAGCACUCAGCAUUUGGCAUCAAGAAAAGGCGGCUCGUCCGCAACGACAUGUCUGUCGCGCUCACACUUGAAUCGGCUACGGUCACAGCGACAGUACAAAUCCUUGUUGUUGGCGGUUCAUGUCACCACACAAGUUGGCUGUUACUCCCACACGUGUGCCGCUCGAAUCACAGACGACGAAGAACAGUACUAUGUUCGCAAUACCGCUUUCUUUAUCUAUAAUUAUCAGACUGCUUGCAGUACGCUGCCGUGGCAGAUGCAAGUAAUCUGCGUUAUAAAUAAAGAGGGGAUGUGAUAGUAAAAAGUAUUACUGAUUUUCCUUCCAAGAAGUGCAUCGACGCUUAUUAAACAGAAUAUAUCUGGUGUAUUUCGUUACGGAGUGAUAACUGCCAACAGCAACAAAUAUGUCCCUUCAUCAGAAGGUUAUUUUCAGGAAUAAAUAUCCUUAAUACUCUUAGUAGAACAUACUGAUAUAGCUUAUAACGCUUAAUGCAGCUGCGGUACAAAUGUGUGUUAUUCCGUUGUGAUUUUAAUACAGCUCAGGAUUUAUGAAUUUUUAUAGUUAAAUACGUUUAUUAUUUUUUGGCGGUAUGAAAUCGUAUGGCAACCUGACAAAAAAAAGUCGAAAAUGGCACCUUUAGUUCACGUCACAGAAAAAUAUGAGUGAAGUGCCACAACGUACACGAAAAAUAUAAUGGAAUUUACUGCCAGGAAUAUUUACCUGAAAUUUGGAGGAUGCUUAUACUAUUUCAAUAUAAGUUUUAUAUAAUUAAUUUUGUAAGUCGAGUACUACAUUUUUUUAACUGUGUUACUGUUCUUGUCGGGGUGCGAUUUAUAGAUCUGCGAGUCAAAAUAUUUUCCGAAAAGAAUGAGUUUUAAAACAUCAGUUUAUCAGCAUUUGCACUGAAUUAAAAUGUUUACAUGUUAACGUUCAUAUACGUGGAUCAUAAUGACAAAGUGAUCGAAAGUUGAUUAAUAGAACACGUAUGAAAGAAUGUAGUACUGUACUGAUGCAACGAUAUUAGUGACGUAGAUAUCAACCAACUGCCAACAUCACCUCUUUUCGUGCCUAACAGUCAAUCAUUUUGUUAUUUUGAUCUAGAUGUAGCAAACAUCUGUAAAUAGCAGUACUUUGUAUGAAAUACGUAUGUUCAAAUAUUGUAUGUCCUAUCUUUGGGCAAUAAUUAUGGCUGCAGUAUGCCUGGUAAGCAUGGAAAUACAGUUUUAUACUGAAA